AUGAAAAAUCUUCAAGCCAAUAUAGAAUCUAUUGCAGUUGAUUUUGACGAACAUGUAUGGUGCAGCAUAAAUUUGAAAAACAAAGAUAAAUUACUUGUUGGAAACAUCUACAGAAGCCCGAACAGUGACAACGACAAUAACAUCAAAUUGCAACACCUUUUGACAGAAGCACUGAAACGAAAAUUUAGCCAUACUCUAAUAACUGGAGACUUCAAUUACAAAGAGAUCAAUUGGAAAAACUGUUCUACAUCAGUUACUGAAUUUCAUCCAGCUUAUAGGUUUCUAGAAACAACAAAAGAUCUUUUCCUCAGCCAGCACGUUCAGUUACCUACUAGAUACAGAGAGGGUCAAACUGCUAAUUGCCUAGACUUGGUUUUUACCAACGAAGAGGGAAUGGUUGAUGGAGUUGUACAUUUACCUGGACUUGGUCAUAGUGAUCACUUACUGUUGACUUUUAACCUUAACUUGUAUUCCGAAAUUACGAUUAACAACACUGUGAAAAAGAACUACUUCAAAGGAAACUACGAUAACAUCAAAGAAGACCUAAAAAAAAACAAAGAUUGGCAUUCAUUCCUAGAGGGAAAGAGCGCAGAGGAAUCGUGGAAAGCCUUCGCUGAAUUUGUAUCAAUAUCAGUAGAAAAAAACGUUCCAGUGAGCAAAGGCAAUUACGAUCAACCAAAGCAAUCAGCACCCUUAGACAAGCUAACUAGAGACAACAUCAAGGACAAACAUAAAAAGUGGUUAAAAUAUCAACACUGCAGAACAUCGGGAAAAUGGAAAGAAUUCAAAUUAGCGAGAAACAAGGCGACAUCUUCCAUUAGAGCGUCUAAAUAUGACUUUGAACGUAAUCUGGCCAAUCACAUAAAAGCCAAUCCAAAACAGUUCUGGAAAUAUAUACGGUCUAAAACCAAAGCAAGACAUUCCGUAGGAGAAUUGGAGGAUUCGAAUGGGGAGAGAUGUAGUGACAACAGAGAAAAGGCUAAUAUGUUUAAUGAAUAUUUCUCCAGUGUUUUCAAAGUUGAACCAGACGGAGUCCUACCUUCGUUCACGGCUAGAAACUUCGACACUGUGUUGGAAAACGUCAUCAUAACAAAAGAAAAAAUCAAAUCAGCAAUUUCGAAACUGAAUCCAAACAAAUCUUCUGGUCCAGACAUAUUUCACCCUAAAUUGAUCUUAGAAACAUCUGACGAACUAAUUGAGCCGCUAGUAAUCAUAUUCAAGAAAUCAAUAGAAGAAGGAUCACUACCAUCGGAUUGGAAGGUUGCCCAUGUAACACCAAUACACAAAGUGGGUCCAGACUUAAAACAGAAAAUUACCGUCCAAUAA